AUGGACCGUGACUUUUACUCGUUCGUCCGCUUGUCGGAUUUGAACUUGAACGUCACCUUCCGCAUCUCGUCUCUGCAAGGCAAGCUCGACCGCAUCUCCCGCACCCAGCUUCUCAGGCAGCCCGAAGCGCGUCAAUGGGGCGCUCAGCAGAGCGACUACCCUGAUCUGCUGGUAGAGUGCUGUCUCUUUGCGGACAACAAGCCUCUCAGCGUCCUCGUCAAGACCGCCUACCGCCCGUUCCGCAAUAACCACCAGUGGAACGAAUGGAUCACGCUUCCCUACAAACUUUGCGACCUUCCUCUCGGCGCUCAGCUUGCCUUUACAAUCUAUGACGUCGCUUCGAGCAGGUCCGCACGCGUGAUAGGAGGAACGACCUUUCCGCUCUUCAGCAAGAAGGGCACACUCAAGUCGGCACAGCAUCGACUGUUCGUCUGGAAGGGCGCGAGGGCGGAUGGAAGCGUCGAAACGGCGACACCGAGCAAGGUCGGCGAGAUGAAGGACGAGAUGGGAAGGCUCGAGAAGGUCAUCAAGCGUCACGAGCGAGGAGAUCUCCCGAGGGUGGACUGGCUGGACAAGCUGGCGUAUCGCCAGGUCGAGAAAGUGUACCAGGCCGAAAGCCAGUCGAGCGACCGGCUGUUCUUGUACAUUGACCUGCCGAGAUUCGAGCUGCCUGUCGUAUUCUGCGAGGCCGAGUCCAUGUUGCCCUCAGCUACCGCAUCAAACGGUCUGGCUCCUCUGGCGGGUACGUCGAUGGGCUCGAAUGCGGGGCCAUCCGGCCUUUCCGUGGCUGGGGGCGGCCAUGACGUGGGAAGUGCUGCCUCUCAAGCCGGAUCCCCCAGCGCCGGAACAGCGGCAUCCGGCAACCCGACGACGGCCGCAGCUGCCGCAGCAGCUGCAGCAGCGGCGCUUUCCACAGCGGAUCCCAACAGGAUCACCUCGUCGCUCUUCACGAUCUUUGACCCAGAGAUCUCGCGAUCCAAUCCAGUGGAAGCAAAACACCGCCGUCUGGUGCGUUCGCAUCGAUCGGGCCCGCUGGACCGCGAGCUCAAGCCUUCCGCAGAGGUGCGAGACGAGCUCAACGAGAUCCUGUCGUAUCCGCCGACACGCGUACUCACUCCCUCGGAGAUGGAUCGGGUUUGGUCGUUCCGGUUCUACCUCACGCGAGAUCCCAAGGGUCUCACCAAGUUCCUCAAGUCUGUCGUAUGGAUGGACCAAGGCGAAGCCAAGCAAGCCACCGAGAUCCUUCUGCCGAUGUGGACCGAGCCCGGCCUGGACGACGCGCUCGAGCUGCUCGGACCCACUUUUCAGGACGCACGAGUGCGCUCGUAUGCCGUGCGCCAGCUCGAGCGUGCUGAAGAUGAAGAGCUCAUUCUGUACCUUUUGCAGCUGGUGCAGGCGCUCAAGUUUGAAAAGCCCCUCGCGCGUACUACCGGUGCGCUGGCUGGUUCUGCGACUGGCGACUUUGACGGCGACACCCGGCGCGGCACGAGUGCAAGGCAGACUGUGGGCUCAUCGUCGAACUCGCUCAGCGACGAUGCAGCUGGACAAGACGCAAGCGGGCUGGCGGAUUUUCUCAUCCGGCGCGGCCUGUCCAACCCUGCACUGGGCAACAACCUGUACUGGUACCUCGAGGUCGAAUGCGAAGACCCCAAGACCGGCUCGCUGUUCAAGACGGUCAAGCAGCACUACCUGGAUCGCCUUGGGCAACUGCCCACGGGAGCAGCGCGCCGGGAAACGCUGACCCGGCAGGCGACUCUGCUGGCGACGCUUUCCAGACGGGCCAAGGAGCUCCGGUCGAACCGCGACGCGCGGCCAAAGAAGAUCGAGAAGCUGCGUGCGCUCAUCGCGGAUCCGAAGAAUGGGCUGAACCGCUUCGAGCCGCCACUGAUGCUGCCACUGGACGCCUCGGUGUCGGUCAGCGGCAUUGUCGCCGAGAAGAGCACGAUCUUCAAGAGCAAUCUCUUCCCGCUCCGGCUCGAGUUCACCACCGUCAGUCAAACCAGCACCACCUCCAACUCGGUGGGUCCAGAAGAGCGCAGCAGCGAACUUCCGGACAGCAUCACUGCCAGUCUGAUCGAGGACGACAUCGAAGAUGAUGGGCUGGCCAAGGGUCGGGCUGGAGACGUGGGGCAGUACACGCUCAUCUUUAAGAACGGCGAUGAUUUGCGGCAGGAUCAGUUGGUCAUCCAGCUGUUUUCGCUCAUGGAUCGGCUGCUGCGCAACGAGAAUCUGGAUCUCAAGAUGACUCCGUACCGUGUCCUGGCGACAGGCAGCGUCGACGGGAUGGUGCAGUUCGUCGACUCGCUCUCGAUCGCCGCCAUCCUAUCGGCACAUCAAGGGUCGCUGCUCAACUUUCUCCGUGCGCACCAUCCGCAGCCCACGUCGCUGUCGACCUUUGGUGUAGACGCCGGUGUCUUUGAGACGUUUAUCCGCUCGUGCGCGGGAUACUGCGUUGUCACCUAUCUGCUUGGCGUGGGCGAUCGGCAUCUGGACAACCUGCUCCUCGCGUCGGACGGUCACUUUUUCCACGUCGACUUUGGCUACAUUCUCGGCCGCGAUCCGAAGCCGUUCCCGCCGCCGGUCAAGGUGUGCAAGGAGAUGGUGGAUGCGAUGGGCGGAACGCAGAGUCCGCACUAUGCACGCUUCAAGGCAUUCUGUUACACGGCGUUUACGAAUCUGCGCAAGAACGCCAACCUGAUUUUGAACCUGGUGGCGCUCAUGGUGGAUGCCAACAUCCCGGAUAUCAGGCUGGAGCCGGAUAAGGCGGUGCUCAAGGUGCAGGACAAGUUCCUGCUGCACCUGAGCGAGGACGAUGCGAUCAAGGAGUUCGAGAGCCUGCUCAACGAGACCAGCUACCUCAGCACCGUCUUUGACAGGCUGCAUGACAUGGCUCAAUACUUCCGGCAGUAG